GAGACAGAAUUGAGCAAGUUACAGCAACCCUCUGGAUUCCUGGACCUAUGGCAUUGUCAGGUAGAUAUGGCAACAAUCAACCUUGCUCUGUGGCUUCAAGAAAGGUUCGAAAAGAACGCACUGUGUACUCUGAAGAACAAAAGCGCCUGCUGCAAGAACAUUUUGAUGCAUGCCAGUACCCAGACAAGGAGAAACUUGGGGAGCUGGCAGAAUUGGUUCAUGUGACAAUGACAGAGAUCAAGACCUGGUUCAAGAACAAGCGGGCUAAGUCCAAGAAGACAAAUAUCCAGAAUAUUUCAGAAGCUCCGCCAGAGACAAUUGGAAGCUCUAAUGCUGUUUUUGAGUCAACCCAUUUUCCUAUUUCCAUACCUCUUGUUACCACUGAGAAUGGAGAGUCCAUGUAUUCAGGCACAUUUGAUGUGGAUUCCGAUCCCAAACUCAACUGCAGCCAGGAAUCUUCUCUGCCUCAUUAUCAGGCCUGUGAUGGACACAGGCAUAGCCAGGAAGAAGUGCUUGUUGGCCAUUCCCUUGUUACAGCUGGAGACUGUUCAUUAGUAGCAGUUGAAGCCCAGAUUGAUGUAGCAGUAGCUGAAGCUCCAGUUGACCUUGUAGCUGCUGCCCAAGCCCCAGAGGAUGCUCAAGGUUCAGGUCCAUCUGCAGAGGAGCUCUGGCAAAGGAUCCUUGAAGACUUUGACAAUGUGGAGGACUGGCUUACUCUGACAUAGAACCCAACUCCAUGUUCCAUCUCUUAGCUCCUCGACCAGUCCAGGCCUUACAGCCUGGAAUGAAGAAGUGUGUUAUGCACACCAUUAACCUCAGUAUUUGGGGAAAUUAAGCAGUCUUAUCUGUAGGAGUUUCAUACCACUGUGCUUUAUAUAGUAAGGUUGUUCCAAAGUCAGUUUAGAUAUUCAUUGUUUAUUGUUAGAUUAUAUGCUCAUUAAAGAAAGGAAAAAAAAAUAGUGUGAAACUCCUUGAAAUGGAUGGUUCAGAUGUGACACUACUGAGCAAGGGUGCAUCAUCCUGUGCUAUGAUGUUAAAUGGAAGAUGACAGAGAGGAGACACAGUAUGAGUGAGCCAGGCUGCUGAGUUGAGUACAACAAGCACAGUGUAUCAAGAUUCUACUAAAAUCUGAAGGUUCCUAAAGGAAUAUGACAUCCUUUGCUGGGGAGAGGAGUGAUGACAGAGGAGCACAUGGGCUUUGACGAGCUGACAGCAUCCUGCGUUUUCACCCUGGGUGUUUGUGUCCUUGUUUGUAUUAUACUAAUGAAUUGACAUCACAUAUACGUUUUGCUAUAUUCUCUUUUAUCCUACACACUAAAACAAAUACAUGAAGAAAGUACAAAAGUAAUGGAGAUGAGAUCUGGUAAGGGAUGAAAAAUGCAUUGUUUCAAUCAGGACUUGCAGGAUGGA